CAGCCUGAGUGUUUUGAAUGGGCGUGGCCGAGACUGCGUGAUUACGACGAGCUUUUGCCGUUGACACAAGAGUCAAUCCGGACCACAUCUACUUCGUUUUUACCGAAAUAUCAGCCAUCGAUCUAAUUCAAGAUGUUUUACACCUGUGGUCCCAAUGAGGCUAUGGUGAUCUCAGGAUGUGGUCGCUCUCCUCCUCUGAUGAUUGCUGGUGGAAGAGUGUUUGUUAUUCCCUGCAUUCAGCAAAUCCAGCGGAUCUCUCUCAAUACUCUGACUCUGAAUGUAAAGAGUGAAAAGGUCUACACCAGGCAUGGAGUACCAAUCUCAGUGACUGGCAUUGCCCAGGUGAAGAUCCAGGGUCAGAAUAAAGAAAUGCUGGCUGCCGCCUGUCAGAUGUUCAUGGGGAAGUCUGAGACUGAGAUUGCUGAGAUUGCCCUGGAGACUCUUGAGGGACAUCAGAGAGCCAUUAUCGCCCACCUGACUGUGGAGGAGAUCUAUCAGGACCGUAAAAAGUUCUCAGAGCAGGUGUUUAAAGUGGCUUCCUCUGACCUGGUCAACAUGGGCAUCGGUGUUGUCAGCUACACGCUCAAAGAUGUGCAUGACGAUCAGGAUUAUCUAAGCUCGCUGGGUAAAGCUCGUACUGCUCAGGUGCAAAAAGACGCUCGUAUCGGUGAAGCUCAGUUCAAGAGAGAUGCCGUCAUCAAGGAGGCUCACGCCAUGCAGGAGAAGGUCUCUGCUCAGUAUAUGAAUGAAAUUCAGAUGGCUAAAGCACAAAGGGACUAUGAGCUGAAGAAAGCAUCCUAUGACUAUGAGGUCAACACCAAGAAGGCAGAGUCUGAAAUGGCCUAUCAGCUUCAGGUGGCCAAGACAAAGCAGCGUAUCGAGGAAGAGAAGAUGCAGGUUCAGGUUGUGGAGCGUACGCAGCAGAUCACUUUACAGGAGCAGGAGAUCACCCGUAGGGAGAAGGAACUGGAGGCCAAGGUCCGGAAACCAGCUGAGGCUGAGAGAUACCGUAUUGAGAAGAUUGCUGAGGCAGAACGGCUUCAGAUGAUCAUGGAGGCAGAAGCUGAGGCAGAGUCCAUCAGAAUGAGGGGAGAAGCACAGGCUUUUGCCCUGGAGGCGAAGGGUCGGGCUGAAGCUGAGCAGAUGGCCAAAAAGGCAGAAGCUUUUAAAGAGUACAAAGAGGGAGCCAUGGUGGACAUGCUGCUGGAGAAACUCCCACUGAUGGCAGAAGAGAUCAGCAGGCCACUCUGUGCAGCUCAGAAGAUCACCAUGGUGUCCAGCGGUGGGUCAGAAGUGGGCGUUGCUAAGCUGACAGGGGAAGUUCUGGAUAUCAUGACUCGCCUGCCAUUCACAGUGGAGAAACUGACUGGAGUGAACAUCUCACAGGUUGGUUUAACCCGCAUGGGCUAAUGGAGUUCAUGAAGAAGGAAUCAAGUCUGAUCAGCUCUGAUUGCAGAUCUCAGCGCUUCCUGUCUGUGUGCAUGUGUGCAUGCCAAUGUGUGCUGAACAUGGAACAUUGAGGUCUUUUUUUUGUGUGCGUGUGUGUGUAAUUCACCAUUUGUAACUUCAGUUUUUAUAUUAUAUUUUGUGAAUUCAAUGUUUGUAUCACAAGUUAUUAUAAUUUUAUACAUUUAUAAGCUGAACUACAUCUACUCUAGAGCCUCUGUUAAUAGUGCAUAUUCAGGGAAGCAGUGCUGAUCUUUUAAUUUCUUAAUAGUUUCUGUGUUUCUGUCUAUUAGAGCCACACGCCUGUUGAUUCUGGUUCAGUUCCUUUCAAAACCAAAGUGCAUUCCAGACCAAUGCACAUAAAUUCACCUCAAGUGCAUUACUGAAGCCAUAGUCCACAUGCAUGAUGCCUUCUGUAUCCAGACACUGAAAUGUGAUGCUUUAUUCUGACCAUAUUUUAAACCUCUUUGUGACUUAUGUUCUGAGAAUAUAUCGUCCGAUGGUUUGUAAAGACUUUUUCUUUUAAACAGUGGUACUAGAGUUUGCAGACAUAUUAAAAUUAUUUAGAAUGUAAGUUUUUGCUACUCUUCAGACAGGUCACUUUCCCUUAAACAGGUAUGAGUGCUCAGGAAAGUGGUUUUUACAGCAAGUUGAAAGGUGAGAGGGGGUGGGAAAUGAGUGAAGAAAAGAAACCUGAUGAUUUUUGAAGUUCAUGAACAAACAGGAAAAAAGAAGAGGAAAUAGAUUGUUUUUAAUGCAGGCCGCAAGCAUGUCUUUGUGCCCACAGCAACUCAAAUGAAGGCUUAUGGUGGUUUCAUUUCUCGUAUCGUUUUCCAAUGGUUGCAAAAACAAAAAAGUUAGUUUUGGUUUUACCAUGCUGCUGUAUACUUCACACUAAAAUCAACUCAACAUUACCAAAGGUAAACCUAUGCAUCUCUAGUUUACGCCUUCAAAGUGCCUCAAAGCGCCUUUUUACUUCCUCAAUGAAUCAAUCUGACAGCAGCCUGCUCUGGUCUCUAUCGUUCCAGCAACAGGAACAUAACUGACGCGUCAUGUGAUUCUUCCUGGCCUUAAUGACUAAUUUCAUUCAGAAUAUAACAUUUUUUGCCAUUAUAUUGUUUUCUUUGGGGUAAAGCCUUGUUGUUUAUAUAUUCAACAGACUAACCCAAUAUUUGCCUUACUGUAUGUUCAAUGGUGAUGUAGAUAUUUCACUUUAAACUGUAGAUCUAUAUAUCCAGGCUGAGAUUUAUACAUAAGUAUGUACUGUUUUAUAUAUCAAUAAACUAUUAGCAUGUGCUGUACUUAUUAA